AGUCACGUGACCGAUGUGCGUCCUCAAUACACCUCAGCAUUAAAUUCACCACUACGAUUAAUGCUAUGCAAUUUGAAUAUCUCCAAACCGAUUUUUGAUGAGGUCUAUUACGAAUCUCAUCAGUGUGUUUGAUUAAAGGCACAUAAUUAGUGGUGUAAUUAACGCCGUCCUCGGCGUCUCCCACCUGGUCUGAGUGUGUCAAGUCCCUCCAGGUCGAGGCCAGGUAUGAGACAUAGGUAAACACUUUAACGGCUAGUCACAAACCAAGAUGGCGGCGGCCAUCUCAGGUACAGUGUUAAGUGUGUUGAUAAUCGUCUCUACGUUGACUUACACGGCGUGUGAAGAAGUACUAUCAGGAGUUAUAGACAGCGAUACCACAUUACUACGAGAUAACAGUCCUUAUAUUGUGAAAGACGACCUGCAUGUUGAUAAAAGGAGUACCUUGACCGUCCAACCUGGAGUCACUGUGAAAUUUUCUCCAGGUGUGAAAUUUCUGGUGAAUGGUACCUUGAUAGCUAAGGGCACCCCGACGGACCGUAUUGUGUUCACCAAGGAAAAUGACGACGGCUCGGGAAACCCGGACCUCUCUCGCUGGCCCAGUGAUAUCCGCAUGGUGGAGGGAGAAGAGGGCAGGUUCCUCGAGGGUCGCGUGCAGAUGUAUCAUAGAGGAAGAUGGCGAUACGUCUGCUCUAACUACAGAAACUGGACCCAGAUAGACGCCGAAGUUGCCUGCAGACAGCUUGGCUACAACUCGGGAAACUUCACCUUUAACAGUACACUGUGGACCAAUGACACGUGGACCAUGAUGUAUGAGCUGCCUGCCUGCUAUGGACAUGAAAGCAGUAUAUUUGACUGCCCAGGAAACACUGACAUUAAAAUUGGGAGAACUAUAUGUGCUCAUCAAGACACAGUGGGACUCCGUUGUGAAGAUAAACUGGCCUCAGACUUUGCCACGGAUCACUGGCAAGGCAUUGAGCUGUACAACUCAACCAGAAGGAGAAUAGUGGACUACAAUCAACGCUACAAUGUAUCAGCCUCAGUAUUAGAAUAUGUGGACAUUCAGUUUGCUGGCAGGGACAGGGACGGCUUCCCCAGGUCAGCCCUUGCAGCCAGUCCAUUUGUACCUAUCUUGAAAAAUGUGAAUCUCCGCUGGAAUGCUCACCAUGGGACAAAUUUUUCCUAUUGUGAAACUCCAGUCAUUGUCCACGACAGUAACGUGUAUGAAAAUAGAGGUCAUGGGAUAACAGCCCACACACAUAUUGGGAAAGUUCACAUAAUAAACUCUGACCUUCACCACAAUUUUGGGGAUGGUGCAUUUGUGGAAGUGGCGGAUAUCCGUAACUAUGUCUAUGAUGAGGAGAGGCUGGCAUUUUGCAGCCGUCCCACCUUGACAGACCCUAGUUAUCCAAUGGUCAUUGGUGGCCAUCCAUACUUGAGUCCUCCAUGUGGGCUGCUAUUCAACGCCCGGCGUGACCAAGUCCUGACUGUGGAUUUUCUGGAAAUGGACACCGAAGUGUUUGUCACUGGGUACAUGGUAUUCAGGGAAGGCAACACCAGGUCUGGCCCCCUUAUUGCCAACAUCACGGUCACCAAUGGCACCAAAUAUGGCCUCCCGCAGUCCAUUCACACCAGUACGAAUGGUCUGUAUAUUAGCUAUCACUGGACACGCCCACCUUUCAUGCUGGACUACAAGUGCUACAAUCUGCGUUAUUGUGCUAAGUUUGUGAUCCAAGUGUCGGCUGGAGAUAGCCCAUCAGCCGACUUCAACCUUACAUCAAGCAGAAUUUACAACAAUACCCAGCGUGGAAUCACAGUGCGUAAGAUGCGCAGCAGCAUAGUUGUGAAGAGCUCCAAUAUAUCCCAUAAUGCUUUCCAUGCUGGCAUCCAUGUCUACGGUGGCGCAGGCGAUGUUUUCGUCUCAGAUUCGCAGUUCUUGUAUAAUGUUGACAGUGGCCUUAAUAUCACCACAGCGGGUGGGAGGCGAAUCAUCAAUACGACAGACUUUAUUGGAAAUGAUUACGGUGCAUUUGUGGGCUACCAGUUGUUGAACAGGACCCGCAAUGAAAGUGAAUAUCUCACGGAGAUUAUCAAUUCUAAUUUCCAAUUUAACUGGAAGUCUGCAGUGAAGUUUGGGAACUACUGCAAGACAGGCAAAUCUGUGGUGAAUUUUACUUCUUUCUCUGAUAACCAUAGAGACUGUGUGGAAUAUGAACCUUGUUACCAUGGUAUUGGCCAUAUGCACAACGUAACUGUAGGCCUAAGUACGUUCAGUGAUAAUGUAGGGCAUGCCUUCCGCGCCACUCCCAUGCUGAACACCAUUGGACGCUUCGCAAACAACACGGUUGAGCGCCACAAAGCUGGAGCUCUUAUGAUUAAUAAUGAAGAUAACUUUGAAAGGAACAGACUUUACAAGACUCAGCCUGUUAGCUAUGUUGUAGUCGGGAAUAAUUUUCACAACAAUUCUGGAAUGUACGUCACCAACAUGAGGCUAACAGUUACCAAUAUCCAGAGUUUGAUCUUUGAGUACAAUCAAGUCCGGGAGAAUACCAUCAUGGGUGGAUUCGAAACAGAAAUGUUGAAUCCCAGAAGCCGUGCAAGUGCUGUGGUUAUUGCAUCAUCUGGAAAUCUCAUAAUUCGGCGUAAUCACAUACAAAACCCAGCCUCAGUUCGACAAAUGGCGACCCAUUCUACGGACAUCACUAGCACCAUUAAUGCCACACACAACUGGUGGGGGACAACAGAUCACCAGAUCAUCUUCAGCGGGCUUUUUGAUAACAAUGAUCGAUACAAUCUCGCCCCCAUCAAAUAUUAUCCUGCUCUGAAAACCUUUGAAUUAUCAACUGGAUUUUAUACCGACGACCAACCAAACUACCAGCCUCUGUUUCAAAGAAAUGGCAGAACUAUUGGAGGAAUGUUGAGGCAGUCGACAACGCUUUCAGCUGGAACAUACAGAGUGGACAAGGACAUUAAUAUUCCCCUGGGGCUACAGUUGACCAUUAAUGCGGGGGCGCGUCUCGAGUUUGAAAACUCCAUUGGUGUUCUUGUUCAGGGAAAGCUGGCGGUUUCUGGCAGCCCAGGGAAUGAUGUCAUCAUGACCUUGCAGGAUGACCUUCACUUCCAUAACAGCAGCACUGUCCGCCUGGUGGGCCAGUCAGGGAUAGCAGACGACACUGCCAUGGAGGGACGCGUGGAGGUCAUGGUGGAUGGAGAAUGGGGAACGAUUUGCAGUUUUGGCUGGAACAUAGAGGACGCUGCUGUUGUAUGUCAGAUGCUGGGGUACACAGUUCACCCUGAUGACUGGGAGACCAACUACCAGGUUCCCGUUGACAACCCUAGCAUGCCCAUCUGGCGCAGCGCUGUGGAAUGCACGGUCUAUGACACCAAUAUCACGGAAUGCAUGGCUGACAGUCGUAUGGAACACUCGUGUGAUCACAGCAUGGAUGUGCAUGUGAAGUGUAAGAAGCCUACCUGGGCAGGCACCAGAUUGAUAGCUAUUGCCAGUGCCAGUUCUAUUGUGAGAACCAAGAUGGACAAGGCAGGGUUGCUGGACCAUUCCACCAUGCAGUAUGUCCCAGCCUUACAGACAGACUACAACAGACAUACCAUGUCCUACAUCUCUAUAAAUGACACCUUGUCAUCAGGUAUAGCAGUCAUGUUUAAUAAUCCAAAGGGGGACCAGAUGAUUGACCACUGUGACAUUAACAACAACCUUGGUGACGGCAUCCUCACCCGCAGCUCCUUCCUCACUGUCUCCUUCUCCACCUUAUCUCAUAAUCAGCAAGCUGGUUUCCGCUUUGACCCCCGCUUCAGCGAAUACGAUGCCUGGAAUGUGCGCUCCUGGGUGGCCCUUAGCCGUGACAAGACUGUGGUUAUCCCACUUCCUGCGGGACAGAGCCAGAAGAUUAUCCUCGGAACUGGGGACAACAAUGAAGGUGACUACCUGUUCUUAUUAACGGAGCAGAUGGGACAGACGCUGGACAUGGAAACCACCUUUGAAGUGGAAGUUCAAGAUUCUAGGUUCCGUGUGCUGGUAACAAUGUUGGAUUACAACCCAGUGACUUCUGUGGAGAAAUUGCUGAUAUAUGAUGGCCCGAGGAACAACAUGGCCAACAGCAGGAUAGUGGACAUAGAGGAGAACUUGGUGGAGUUUCCGUAUUUGUCAACUUCCAAGACUAUAACAUUCAAAUACAAGGUGAAGGGACCCCAGUCUGGGAGACUGGCCAUGUUGGCUACCUCAGUGAGGUUUGAUGCCAACAAUCCCAACAACAGACCCAUAGCAACCUUACAGCUGAAGAACUGCACCCUAACAGACAACUACAAUGGUAUCGUGACCCGCCAUUACAACAGCCCCUCCAACAGGAGGCUUGAAAUAUUCCAUCGAAGAUAUGAAGAAUUUAUUAACAUUAUGGGAACCAGAAUACUACGCAGUAAAGCAGAGGCGCUAUUCUCUCCCAGUGUCUCCAAGUACACAGAAGAAUACUUGUACGAGCCCAAUCUGGACGAGUUAUUACGCGCUGAACACAUCAGUAACAUUACCUACAGAAUGGAGGACUGUGACAUAGACAGCAAUGCCAAAGGAGUUCUGGCCGAGCACAACCAUGUGGAGUUCUCAAAUAACGUGUGGAAAUGGAAGUUGAGAAAUAACAGAUUUAUGCGGAACCAAGAGGGUGGUUAUGUGAUAGAGUUGCCUGAGGUUUCUGAUGAUUUCCGUUACUUCGGCAACCAUAGUGUUAACCACAGCGUGGAGGUGAAUGACACCUUAUUUGAGGACAAUCUCAGAUUCCAGUUUGUUAUUGGAGGACAUUAUGCCAACACCACCAUCUAUAGGAACACAUUUAGAGAUAACACUUGUAAAAAUGGGCUAAUGUAUAUAUCAGGCAUGGAGAAAGACCUAUACAUCCAUGACAAUGAGGUUAUUAGAAACACUGGACGCUUUAUGCUGGAGAUCGACACGUGGUCGCAUGUAGAAAAUGCCUCUAAGAUUCAUGGUCUGGUGUCUUACAAUCGGUUCUCUAAUAACAGAAGACUCGUAGUAACCACCACACCCACCAUUUUCAUGAACAACCCCACCAGCUAUGUCCUGGCUCUGAAAGGUGUGCAACCAGUCCAGUUCCAUAGAAAUCUUUUAAUUUCCAAUUAUCUGGAGUAUGCCAUGAUUGCUGGUUUGAAGUCUAGCCGUCUUGGUUUGACCCUGAAUGUUGAUCAGAACUACUGGGGUACGACAAAUCAGACCAAGAUUGGAGAGAGCAUUUUUGAUUUUGAUAACUGGAAUAACUAUGCUGUUGCGAAGUAUUAUCCUUUCCUCACGCAGCCAAGUUUUACGUCUCCUCUCACCACGGAGCCCAAGCUGGAGUAUCAGCUCAGCCUAAAUUUGCCCCUGGGUGGCAGGGUACUAAGUAACACCCGUAUUCCCAACAGAGGGCGACCCUACCUUGUGGAUUCAGAUGUCACCGUCAUGCCUGAUGUUAUCCUGGAAAUAGAUCCUGGAGUCGAGUUGCAGUUCAAUCCUAAUGUUGGGAUACUUGUCCUGGGAACUCUGAUAGCCAGAGGGAGGCAGGAUAAUCGGAUUAGGUUUUUACCCAAAAAGACCCAGUACGUCACCCCACCUGCUCCACGGGUUGAUAAUUUUGUCAGGUUGUACCGGGGGAAAUUCUUCCCUCCCCGUCCAGACAAUGAAGGCUUCUUGCAGUAUUAUAACAGCACUUUGAAACGCUACGUUUUAGUUUGUGAUAAUGAUUUCCACGAGAAGGUUGCGCAAGUGAUGUGUCGUAGCAUGGGAAUGGAGAGCACUAACGUCCAGUAUCGCUUCACUAAUCUUUAUGACUAUGAUGAAUAUGGCUGGGGAGCCAGGUCGCAGAAAGAUUUCUGGCAGAGAACGUACAUCUGUAAUGGCGACGAAGACAGCUGGGAACAGUGUUAUUCCAAGAUUCACUAUGGUUUAGGCGAGUGCUUAGCAGCAGAAAAUUAUGUCUACAUGAGAUGCGGAAAAAGAAAUCUGCCAAAUACUCACCAGUACUGGGGGAACAUUCGCUUUUCUUCUCCAAACAUUGAGUACAUGCAGGACGAAGAUGUGGGUGGCUCCUCAGAACUCCUCUAUGUUGACAUCUACGGAGCUGGAUUGCUGCAUGGUGAGAAAGUGGCUGCCAUUCAGUCAAUGUAUCAGACCCCCUCUGCUGACGACAUCAACAUCACGCACUGUGCCUCCCAUGGAUAUGAAUUUGUAGACCCCCGUGCAAAAAUUACAGUACAAAAUAACAUCAUCACCAACAACCAUGGAUAUGGGGUGAGGGCCUUGAUUCUGAAUGGUGAGUCCUCCGCCCGAGAGAUGGCAUCUUCCUUUGAACCUCUGAACGACAGUUCCAUACCUUACAAUGCCUUUGGUAUGGUGGACAUGUGUGACACAGAGAAAGAGUUGGUCAUUGAAAACAGGAUUAUCUUGUACUAUAAAUAUUCCUACAGGAGUGUGGACUGUGUCAAGUACAUCCGCUCCAGGUCCCUAACCAACACAGUGGGCUUGAGGUUCUUACAGUUCAACCUUAAAGAAGACAACUUUAGCAGGAACAGUAUUGAGUUUUAUGAGGGAAAAAUCAUCAACGACACCACAUAUAUUAACGUACUGUGGCCCAAUGCAACUAUGAGUCAAAGAAGGCAGUUGUAUAAGACUAAUUAUGGCUUUAACACUCUUAAUGUUCAUAUCCAUGCUGCUGCUGGGGAACCGUUCUAUGGGUUUAUUGCUGAGGUGGUCAUCUUGCCUUUGUCCAGGAGAGGAUAUUCAGGUAACAACAAGUUACACAAGGUGGUCAAAUCCCUCAUAACAGACAAUGAAGGGGGCGCUGUCAUGUACGUCAACGUGGGCGAGACCAACCCUUCUGUCGCCAUGACAGAGAAUCAAAUUGAAAGAAACGGCAUCUCCAUGUUGAACUUGACCUCAAACCCCACAGUGUAUCUGAAUGUCCAACACUUACCCUAUGUGACUUUUGCCAAUAAUUUCUAUGGAAGCAACAAAGGAGGGUUCUAUAUGUAUACAGUGGCGGAUGCCUUCUCUAAAGCUGUCCUGGCCAAUAUCAGUAAUAACGUCAUCUAUGGGAACACCUUUGGACCUUGCAUGGAAGUAGGAGGACAUCACUUCCAACAGAUUUUGGUUAAAUACAACUACAUAACAUGGAAUCUGGUGAACAACACAGAGACCAGUACUCUUGUCUUUCGUGGUGUGGACGUGAACUUCACCAGGAAUGUCCUUCAUAACAACACUGGUUCCAGCAUUAUUGAUUCUUGGGGUGUAGAAAAAGUACAAAUGUGGCCGACGUAUGAAUACAACCACAUCUACUACAACAAUGCGUCUGGUCCGGACUAUAAGACCACCAUAUUUGCCCACACUGUACGCCAUAAAGUCCGCCAUAACUACUUUGACAAUCCAUACUGUACUCUGGACUUGGCAGCAGGAAAUAUGACUUUCACGGAUGACUACACCCUGUCUAUAGAGGCGCCAGGGAACUGGUGGGGAUCCCCCUAUGACCUCGCCAUCAGGGGAAGAAUUCUGGAUUUUGAAGAUGGCCGCUACAAGCACUUGUACCGAGCACCCAAGAACUGGGAAGACUGGUGGCGCUGGAAUGUGUGGAGAGAGGAGUGGCAGGGGAGACACCCCGAGGAAACUUUUUACCAGAUUUAUAAUGUCACCUAUGACCCUCCGCUUUAUUCUAAUAAAUCCCUGCUACAAGGAUUUUGUCAGCCGGGUUGGCAUGAAUACAACAAUCGCUGUUUUUACUACAUGGGUGGACUGCUGCCAUUUUACAGAGCCAAACAACAGUGUGAGCUUGAGGGGGGUAUUAUAGCAGACGCCAAAGAUGCCUUGAACUUCCUGGGUGGUCUGGUCAUCCAGGACCAGGCUGAUUACACACAUUUCUGGAAAGUUUGGCUCUACCACACCAUCACUGAGGGUUAUUGUUCCGCCAUGUUGAACUACCAGCCUAUAGCCACCGACUGUCAUGAGAGGCUGCCGUACAUUUGUGAGAAGAUUCCUGUGGUGCCUUACUUCCCGUUCAACUGGAGCUGGGUGAUAAUUGUGGUCUCUGUGAUGGGAGUUAUCGUCCUCAUCCUCAUCAUCAUCAUCUGCCUUGCAUAUCUUAAAGCCAAGCGUCGCACAAAAGAAAGGCUAGAGCGCAGAGAAGUCAUCCGUAAUUCCAUGCGCUCCGUGAAGUCGACAGGCACUGGCGGCUUCAACAGUUUCCGUGCUCAGAAAAAGAAGCCACGACAGCCCGAAGUCCACGUCAACAUGCAUCCUGAUCUGACCGUGUCCGGAGUCACCAUAGACGACACAAGUGACGACUCCAUGGACAAGACCAAAUUGGAGGGUCUGAGCACAGGCUCCACCUUUGAUUACCCCUCCAGGAAUGGCAGUGUUAUGUAUGACAGUGACAAGGAGGACAUGUACCCACCGAAACUGGAAAAUGAAGUGACCACUUUCACUGACCGGUCUGCUGAACCCAGUGUUAUUGACAGUGACCAUGAUGAUUACUAUCCGCCCAAACUUGAGAAUGAAAUUCCUAACCUGAGCACCAGGCCAGUCUAUGGGAUCUACCAAAACAUGGGCUAUGAUGAUCGUAGUCUGGACAGUAGGAGCGGCAUCGACACCCCUCCGCGUUCCGUGAGCACGCCGCAACAAACCAGGAUGACUUUAGAGUUUGAAAACAAGGGUUAUGAGGACAGCCUUGAGAGACGCCCUAAAACUCUUAAAGCUUACACUCCAGCUGGCAAACUGAGUGAUGACUCAGACAGUCUGAGUGACAAAGCAUCACUGAGCAAAGCUGAUUCAGACUCUGAUGAUGACGAUGUCAAACCAGACCUGAAUUCUAGCGUUAAUUCUUUAAGGAACGGCCAGCGCCCACCUCCUCAGGAAACUGAAAUAUGAGAUGUAGAUGAAGUUUGUGAAAGAUAAUCCUGAUUGAGUGAAAAGUCAUGCAAAAUGUUCAAGCAUUGUUGUGAAUCAAUGGAAAAAAAUUGGAACAGCAGAAAAAAAUCAAUACAAAAAAAGAGCAAAUGUGUUGCAAAUUAGUUCUGGCUGUGUGUCACGAACCAGAAGGAUCUCCCGAAGUAACAAUUUCAUGACAAAUGAAGCAAGCAAUUUUGCUGGAGGACAGCAGUCGGCUUCCAAGUGCCAUCUAAGGUUUUUGAAUCGUGUGGCCUAGCACAGCAUUUAUGU